AUGUCCUUCUUCUGUUGGAGGGUCUUUAACAAUCUCAUCCCUACUGAUGAUAUCCUUAAACUAAAGGGGCUGAGAGGACCUUCUAUAUGCAGGUUCUGUAUUCAGGAGGAGGAAUCAUUGCCACAUCUUUUCUUUGAAUGCAAUUUUGUACAGGCAGUAUGGCAUCAACUGCUAGCCCAUUUGAACAUUGACAAAAACCUCUUUACUUGGGAUAACAUCACCAUCUACUGGCAGUCUUGGAACAAAUGGAACUAUGCUCCAAUUCCUCUUAUUGUUGCAUGGUUCACUUGGAUUGAAAGAAACAAGGUUAAGUUUGAAGAAGUUAGACCAAAAACUGAGAAGACAGUCAGAAAUAGCAUUUCAUAUCUUAAUAAGAUGAUUAAAUACAGAAGAUUUCCCAACAUCUCCAAGUCUUACUCUUUGGGACAACCUGACAAGAAAUAUGCUCAUAGGUUUUUUUGGAAACCUCCUGAUCACCAAACAGUAAAGGUAAAUACUGAUGGCAGCUUCAAUAAGGCAGGUGCAGGUGUUGGGGGUGUCUACAGAAAUCAGCUUGGGCAAUGUCUAUUAUGCUUCCACAUCCCCAUUGAGGCUACUGAUGCUGUUGAAACUGAAUUAAUGGCUGUCUAUUGGGCUUUGAAAAUUGCCAUAAUGGCUAGCUGGAAAAACUUAUGGGUUGAAGUAGAUUCUACUGCUGUUAUCAAGAUAUUGAGGGAAGAGGAACUCACACCCUGGCACCUUACCUAUUGGACCAAAAAGAUUAGAGCAAUUUCAUCACAGAUAAAAGUACAAUACACUUUUAUCUUUAGAGAGGGCAACCAGCCAACCAAUUAG